CUGCCUUCGGCUAGCUCCCGUCAAUACAUGCCUGUUGCUGCUAGUGUUGCUGCUGCUUGUCGGGUGUGUAUUUCAAUCUUUCCUUUUCGCGGCAAACUGCUUGACUUGAGCGAAUCCACAACGGCAGCAAGACACACACACACACACACACACACAAUCUCACACCACACACACUACACUCACACACACUCACUCACACAUGAUUAUUACCUACAUACUUGGCUACAUCCAUCGAUGCCACUACGAUCAAAAGGCAAGGCCUAAGGAGAGCGGCUGGUGGGCCGGCAGCACCCUUUCACCACACGUGCAGUCAUUUGAUCUGCCUGCUUGCAGCUGCAACCGCAAUUUUACGAGACACCCUUGUUUACCUUCCACUUGCAACUCUCCCUCUUUGCGCUCUGCGUUGCGUAACUGGACGACACCAGUGGAAACCAAGACCUGGACAGACAGUUGCGCCAGUCGAGAUUUCACCUUGUAUCCGCUUAUCUAACGGUACUCGCUGCAUGAGAUUAUCUCAGACUAAGGAAGGUGCGAGGGUUCAGUACGCGAUCUCUCAGGAAAAAAAAAAAAAGAAAGUCGAAUUUGUUACAGAACCGUUGACCUUGACAGGCCACCCCUGCAACACACGCCGGCUGGACAAGGAGUGGGAAGCUGGACGGCAAGACCAGCCAGGUGAACAAAUCCGGGGUGUUGUUGCUGUUGUUGUUGUUGUUGUUGUUGUUGUUGUUAUUAUUCUUGUCGCUGUCGCCGACUUGACCUCAGUCCCCAAGUCCCAUCGAUCCAUCCCGUCCACUGCGCCUGGACAACCGGACCGGGAUCAUUUCGACAGUGGAGCACUCACUAACACCAACAUUGGAAACCGGGACGCCCACCACCCCCGGUGCGACAGUGCAACAGUGGAACACUGACCGAAACAGCAACAUCGUCUGCCACUCAUCCCCGGCCAACAAUAAUUACUCGCCCGUCGUCGCCUCCUCGACGGUAGCUAGAUCGAAACUCCGCAGGCCAACGAACGGGAAGACGCGCGCUUCCCACUGUACUGCUCGCGUCUCUUUGCCGCCUGCCCUGCUCGAUUCCAGGCUACCGUCCUCCACUCAUCUCCCGGUCUGGGGAGAGUGUCUUGGACUUGGGGAUCCGUUCGCUCGCUUCACCCACCCCCUGGUUUUCGUGACCCCACGGUCAUGAACAUGAUGGAUUAACGCCUUCUGGCACUACACUACUAACUGCAAUCCGCACCUCAUACAUAUCUCGACUCUGACUAUCGUCGACCUUCGUUUCAUAUCUUGCCUAGUACAUUGACCCCUGCCGUCUCCAUUCCCGUCCUUAUCCUGGAUUCCCUGCAGGCGGCGCGCGCGCAGUUGAGUGGGAGCAAGCAGGUUGUUGUUGCAACAGGGCAAGCACCACUACAUGCCUAGAGGUACUUACCCACAAGCCUGCCUCCGCUAUCAAGCAGGAAGCAGCAGUAUAACAUCAAGCACCACCAGCUCCAAGCAACUUCUCAGCUUGACUGCCGCAAGCACCAAUUCUCCCUAUUCGUAUAUGAAUGAGGCCGCUUCGCCACUGCGACUCUGCCCCGUCUUUUGCGAUCACGAGCGUCACCCCCGGCCUAUUGCCCGCCCAACGAAUAACAAGGCAUACUUGGCCCUUGACAAAUGACUAGACAUCAUUCGGCCAUUUCUCUUUUUGACCUUCGUUUUUUCCUCCCUCCCGUCGACGGCAGACUCCAGGGACCAAACCUCCAAGAUGGAGUCGUCGUUUGAUGAGGAAGAAAAGCGCUUCCUCUUAGGGGAAAUCAUCAAAGUUAGCGUCAAUGUGGACGACAUGAUAGAUUUCAUCAAGCAGCAUAACAUCCAUCAGCCAGACUGGCACUCUAUCCAGAUUCCUCGAGGGCGGACCGUGAAUCAGUGCAUUCAGGCUUAUAACUCCAUGGUGAGCAGGCCGUCCUUUCAAAAACCGAUCCUGUCACCGCAGAAACGGAACUCGGUCGAUGACUCGGAGGAUCAUUAUGCAAAGAGGCGGGCAUUUGGCCCUGCCGAGGAAAGACCGCUCUUUUCGCCCAUGCGACCAUAUGGCCAUCAACCGUUUCCCACCCCAAUAGUCCAGCCUGUGAACAUCCAGCCACGGCCCAACGGUCUCCCCUCGCCAGGGAUCCCUGCCUCGACCUCAACGUUGAGCGCGGCACCCACCGGUCGCAAACGGGGUCGUCCCAAGAAAGAUGAGAGUCGAGCCCGUCAAAACAUGCCACAACCCAACCAGCCGAUUGCGCCGGCACCUAUUGCUCCGUCGCCGAGGACUGUUGUUGCUACGUCUCAGCCACUCAGUCCCCUCAGCGCUGGUUAUCAUGGUUACAACUCAUCGUACCGGUACUCACCGGUCGCGAGUCCUUACGAUCCGGUGGCGGCAAGCAAGAUUGGGCAGCAUUCGUUACUCCAUCCCGAGAGUGUACCCCGAACUCUCCAUAUGACGUCCUCCUCAUCGGAGAUGGGUCACCGGUUGGUAGGUGAUCACAGUUCGAGCUGGCCGGGUACUGUACCAGGCAGGGAGCAUCAACAGCAGCAACAACAACAGCAUCAACAGCAGCAACAGCAACAGCAGCAACAGCAGCAACCGCAAACUCCCACGUCUCUUCCCACGCCAAUGGAGCCUCCCGUAUCAUCGCAUCACUCCACGUACCCUACUAAUCGAAGCCCUCGUUUAUUGUCAUCGGGAUUCGGGGGAGGGGGCGCAUCACAACAAGGUCAAAUUACCUCUAGAGACACGGCACUCACGGCGUCCGAGCAGGGAAGAUCGUCUGUUCAAUCGACAUCGGUCUGACACCUAUUUGUGAUUUCAGUACGGUCUCUCCUUUUCCAUUCAUCCCUCUUUUUGUUUUUUGUCUCUACAGGAUUUUGUGGACUUUUUUUUUAAGCCAUGGAACUAAGGAACGGGUUGGACAAGGCAGCCCAUCUUCUCAGAAGGGAAAGAAGGAGUGCGUCAUCUAGUAUUUGGAGUUCUGUUAGUUGGUUGCGCGGCCAUCUCCUCUUUCAGCAUCUGCUCGCGGGUUCCUUCAUCGCCAUCAUCGCAUCAAUGUUUUUCAGGCUGUUCUUCUUUGGAUUUGCUUUUGCCCUUUCCUUGUCCCUAACCUUGGUUUCUAUCACUCUGUUCGGCGUUCUGGGCAUGGAAUGGGAAUUUAAUACGCAUGCAUGUGUUUGGCAAAUGUCUUUAUGCUCUGCGACUUCGUCAUGAUACCCACGCACACAUACAGGCUAUGGUCAUGUUCUUGAGAAGAGGGGAGGCUGUACGGCUAGUCGAGUCGAUGAGGCAUAAUGGAGCGCCUCAAAGAUGGUUGAGCGAACAAUGGAACAAGCGGCUAUCCGUAGCGCAAUUUUAUUUUUUUCGGUCUGUAGGCUAUGCUGGACUCAAUGAUAAGCUUCCGUUUUGGUUUGGUG